ACAGCGAAUCACAUGAGCAGGGAUAUGUUUACAAACUGAGCUGAGGAGGUAUGCUCACUAGCUCCAUUGUGAGGAAGAGGGACUGAGAGCAGAGAGAGAAAAAGAGAGAGUGGGACCAGAGGAGAGCGGCUUCCUGGGUUAAAAUUAUCAGUGUUAGGCUAAUUUUCGCUGUCUCCUUUUUCACCCCCUCUUUGUCUGUUUUGGAAGAAGGGGAGCAGAUGGUUGGGCCUGACAGAGCAGAGAGCACAACGCCAGUGCAGGCGUAAAUAGCUGCUUUUACAGGAACACUGGGCACUGCAGGAAACCAUUCAAGUUCUUCCUUUGUUUCCCAUAAUUAGCAGGUUUUCACAGCAAGAGAGAAAAUCUAUGUCGAGACGAGUAUUCAAGGAAGGCGGAGGCAGAGAGAGAGAGGAAAACAGGACUUCAGAGGAUCAGGGGAGGGAGGGAUAAGCCUUGUGACAAUGUUUUGAAGGGGAGACAAAGCAAAGCAGCGACUGCACUCAGCUGGAUAGAUUGAGUUAGCUGCAUGGGAGUUCUCUCCAUUUGGAAUAUUAACAAUAACAUUGAUGUGUCUUUAACCUGCGAGGCUAUGAUGUUUAUCCCAUAAUAUAAACACAGCUAUGCUCUGGAAAUCCCUUUGUUUAUUUGAAGAGGGGAGCCAUUGCAACACGGAUAUAUUUGAUUAUGUUGCCUUUAAUAUCUUAAUAUCUUUUCACACUUUUUAGCAUAAUUUUGGAUUUUAAAAAGUAGCUAUCAAUUCCUGAUGAAAUUGUUGCUUGAUUAUUCACAUAAUGACAAAUCAUCACAAAGAAGAGUGUGGAUUUCAACAAUGAGUGAGUUGUUUUAGUAAUGUUUUACUGGAAAACAGAGCAUCAUCCACAGGAGAGCUUCUUGGGGAACUGACAAUGUUUAUCACAACGGGACUGACUCAUAGCCUACAAAUAAAAGUCAUUUUCAUUGGGGACACAGAAGAGGUUGGACUCACAUCAUUGUCUGGAAGACAGUGACUUUUUUGGGGACAACCUCCUCGAUCUGUCGGCACCCCAACAAACAAAGACCCAGGACUGGUUGUGACCCCAGACACAGUGAGUCUAGAGGUUGUGAGUAACUUCAGACGUUUUGACCCCCAUCCACUGAUUCCCUGGGUCCCUCUGGCUUUCUUGAGGCUGAUUUCACCCAGUCCAGUGGUCUCACGGAUGUCUGUGCGGUUUAAGAUCGCAGAUCUCAGACCCUUACGGCAAGAUGACAUCGGAAGACAUCUACCACCUGCCCCUCAACAUGUACGUCAUCAUCCUGGGCAUUGGCCUCUUCGUCUUCAUGCUCAGCCUGAUCUUCUGCUGCUACAUGUUCAGGUUAAGGCGACAAGGCACAAGGGAGCAAUAUGGAUAUAAUGAGGUUGUUUUGAAAGGUGCAGGAAAGAAACUGAGUCUUCUUGGACAGACCUGUGCCGUGUGCUUAGAAGAGUUCAAAAGCAGAGACGAGCUUGGAGUGUGUCCCUGCUCACAUGCCUUUCACAAGAAGUGUCUGUUAAAAUGGCUGGAGAUCCGCAGUGUCUGCCCCAUGUGUAACAAACCCAUCUGCCGUUUGCAGCCAGACCCCCCACAGGGCGCAGAGAGGCCCCAGAGCCCAAUGGCGGUGUGAGAUGAGCGAGGGACCACACUGCAGCACCUCAACACCCCUAAUUACAGUUCCAACCUGCCUCAACCCACUCCAGUCCGCCGGACCCCUAAAAAUCACACCCUGGUCCAGUUGAAGUGAAUCAGGCAUUCCAUCCUGACGUCUUCCAUAUACCCCCAUCCUAGAGUUCUGACAGACUCUACUCUGGUUUUGAAGGUGUUAGACCCCUGAAGGUGUGAGAUGAGACUUUGAAGUGGAACUCAUAGAACAAUAUUGGAGAACAAACUGAAUGUUUUUUUUAUCAAAAAGGCAGGGGAUGGAUGAUGAGACCCUGUCCCAUGACCACCGGCCAACCCCUACUGGAGAAUUGUAUUUAAAAAAAAAUAUAUAUUUCACCUUUAUUUAACCAGGUAGGCUAGUUGAGAACAAGUUCUCAUUUGCAACUGCGCCCUGGCCAAGAUAAAGCAAAGCAGUAUGACACAUACAACAACACAGAGUUACACAUGGAAUAAACAAAACAUACAGUCAAUAAUACAGUAGAACAAAAGAAACAGUGGGUACUGAAAAAGAGUUGGGAUGCUGUGCAUUGGGCCCUACUUUCCCAGAUCAUAGUCAAUAACCCACCAUCCCAUGUUCCCAAGUGAAGAUAGGGUGUCCUGAUUGGUCGAUGAGUAACAUGGGGCCUGGAUGGAGGUAACACACACAUACCAUGCCCACAGCUGCCAUCAUGGGCCUAUGAGGUAUUCAGCUAUGACAUAGGGUGCAGUGACCAUGUCACUAAAUAACCCAUCAGGGUCAUUCUUGACUUGCAUUGCCAUUUGGGAAUGGUAUUUUGGAAGAAAUGAACUUCAUUUUUGUUUGUUUUUAUUUAAAUGUACAGUAUAUGGGUACAUCUUACUAUUCUAAAUAGACUUUUAUGGCAGCUUAAUGACUUUAAAUAUCAAGGAUGGUAAUGACACAUUUUAGGUAAUUGAGUAUUUUCUUAAAUGGAGAGCACAGAUGCUCAAAUGUCCUUAACCCUAAAGGGAUAUGAUUAGUCUUUUAAUCACAAUGUAAUUUCCCUUACAUUUUUAAAUUUAAAUUGAGUAAUACCAAUGACAAUUUUUAUUUAGACACCAAGUCAUCAAUGGAAUCCUCAAAAUUAUUACAUGCUAAAAGGGUGUGAUUAGCUAAGAACUUUCUUUAAUAUAGACCCCUCCCCCGAUAACAGUUUGCAACUGGAGGGAAUGCUCAAGGUCCUUGUAUAUUUUUUGUGUAAUGAGUAAUUUCAGAAACCCCUAACUAAAAUUUGGCGUAAUUGCAUCAGAUGCCCGAUUAGCUUCUGAGGGAGAUGUAUGAGAAAAGACAGGCCUUCUAACGAGACUAGAGAAGUCACUUUAAACAAUGCAUUAAAUAUACAGUUUUGCAGUAGAAAUUGAUUUAUAUAUAUUUUAUCAAUGAUAAACAGUACAAUAUAAACAAAAACAUGUAUGAUGUGUAACUAUUUGUUAUUUUAAAGUGUUUCUCAUUGUUGCAAAGCCGAGAGAUGCAAAUGCCACUGCAAUUCAAGAAUGACCCAUCAAUUAAAUAUAUAAUCUUUAAAUUAUUUCUAAGGAAUUGUUUUGUAUUAUAACUGGCUUUCAAUAAAGUGUAUUGUUUCAGUGA